AUGUCCUCCAACCUGCCCCCCGGGACCGCAGCGGGGGCCAAAGGCAAACCCCUGUCGCCUUUCAGGAAACGGGGCAGCCUACAGUACACAGCCAGCACAGGUGAGUGGACUGCGGAGUGUGAGAGUGGUUUGUUUUGCAUCCAAACGGGGACUGCUUACUGAACCCGGGAUCUUAAGGUUGUGAAUGAUGUAUUUUAGUUGAAUUCAGACAUUUGAAAUGACAAGCCUACAUUUUGAACCAUAUUUCAUUAAGGUUUUUUGUUUGUUUUUUGAGAAGAAGGCACAGGGCGUAUCACUUCAACUUCAUGCUUGUAGUUUGUGGAUAUUGUGGGAACCUGUUGAUUAAAGAGGAUGCUCUCUGCAUGUGGACAGUUUUGUCCUGUCAGCCCUCAAUCUCAGGCUUUUUUUAAUGACACAUUUGCAUACAUACAAUGUUUAGAUUUACAUUGACCCUCACUGACAAACUGCAGUUUACAGCCCAUCCUGAAUUCUGAAAUGCUGAACAGGACUUUUUCCAUAAGAGGAACAUUCAGACUUUAUGAUAUGUAGAUCUUACUCUCAUAUGAUCCUGUCAAAAGAAAUCAUAUCAAGUGACAUAAUGCAUUUUGCCUCAUUCCUAUAGCAUGUCUCUGAAGAACAGCAAUGUGGCGCUUGUUUGCUGUGUUUUCCACUUGCCUGAUGGCUGUGUUUGGCAUGGAGUGAAUAUUGUAGUAGGUUGGUACCUCACAACAUGAUCCCCAGCUGAAUGAGGGGAUUAGCCUGUACUAUGAUGAAUGCACACUUCGAUCAGCCUUUCAUCCAAACUACAAAGAGUGUGUAAUGUCCAUAUGAACGAAAUGCCAGCCUCCCUCCUGGCCCUUCAUUCAAUCUGUGCACACUUUCUCUAAAAUGUUAAAGAUGCAUGUUGAGUUUGUAGAGAUAACUUGCAAAUGUUGAUGAUCAUAUAAUGCAGAAUGUGACCAUUAAUGUCCACUCAUUAUGCCAUCUAUAAGGUGAAAAAAUAUGCAAAAGUGGUGAGAAAAAUUCUCCCCCUCCCCUCUGAAAAAAUAAAAACACUCAGAGUUGUAUUAUUUAUGUCCUGAUAUGAGACAAAUAUGAUUGCACCUAUGGCAAGCAGAUAUUUCAUGGCAUUUUAAAAUGUGUAUGAGAAGUAGAUUAUUUUAUUUCCCCCUAUUUGCACGUUUUUGAAAAUAUUAGAUUUAUGAAAUACACAGAAAUAUUGCCCAGAAUAUCUGCUGUAUCUUUAAAGCCUUACCCAGGUCAUGAUGCACAGGGAAAUGAACAUGCUGUGACCGCACCAUGACUGUCACAUCUUCAGUUGAACCCUGACAACAUGUGAUUCACCCACCCAACCCUCUCAUCAGGAUGCUCCCUGUGAUUAUUACCCUCAUUUACGGCUCGUGUAGCUGUUACAAAAACUGCUCUGGGUACCAGGGGAAGCUGCAAGAAUAAUAAGAAGCAGGCUUUGCUUUAAUAUUCAAUGAAGACAUUUCUCUGUUUUCAGUCAUAGGGCUGUUGGAGAGGCAGUCUGCACAAUCUCUGCAGAGGCAUAUCAUUAUUCACAUUUGAUGCUGUUCAAGCAUCCAAGGGAACCUUCUGAGUAAGCAAAGAUGACAUUUAGGUGACUCAUCUUUUUUUGUUUGUUUUUCAAAAGGGCAUUAAUCCAUCUUGUAGCCCACUGUAUAGUACAGUCCAUGUAAACAGUUCUGUAUGUGAUGUGGAGACGGCAGCAGAUACAUGAUCACUCGAUGGUAGGAGAUGAGGAGAGCUGAAUGAGCGAUUGCUUGUGGCAUUGCGACAUUGCUCUCCUCAAAUCUAAUGAAGCCAUCUAUAAUAGGGCCAUAAACUAUUUGUUUGACAUUUAGAUUUCACUCGUCUGGUUAACGAUUAGCUUAAUUGACACUAAGCAUGCUAGAGGAGCUUAGCUUAUUAGAUUAUUUUAAUAAGAAACCUAACCUUUAAAUUCAGUCUAAUGAGGUUUCUGCAGACCCAUCAGCACAGCAGAGAGGAAGAAAUGUUGAAUGAUACAGCACUAUCUAAUAAGCUCGAACUGAUUUGAGUCACUCAUGGCUUAGCCUUCUCUGUACCUUAUAAACCUCUUUACACACAUUAUGUGCUGCUCCACGACAGUCAGACAGACUUUUGCUCUGUUGUACAUAAGUGUGAGGAGCUGUGGCACAGCAUUGUCCAGAUUUAGCACAUUAUUGUAGGGUUUGUAGAGAGAACUCAGCAGAGCAUGAAUCAUUUCUCUGGCUGUGAAAAGGUAGUUCUGAGACCACCCACUCACCAUUUAGCCUGCCCUGUGCCUAUGCUAUUCUUUACAGACUGAACAAUAGAAAUCAGAGUAAAUAAGAGAGACGAUGUAGAAGCAGGUUCUGACAUACUGAUAUAGACUUUUUGCUGUAAGUAGGGCAAAACUGCAUUUUUCACAGGAACACUUGGUCAAUAGGUCAUAUUGGUAUACUUGAUAAAAAUGGACAACCAAAUCAAGGAGAAGAAGUUCCUGUUAUGACCUUUAGCUUUGUGUUGAUUUUGGAACCCCUCGCCACCACUGUUGUACCUCUUCUGUCUUUGCUCAUUUUGUCCUAUUAGUGUAAUGUGACAGUAACAUAUUGCAUGGUCAUUAUUAUCAAUGCAUGUCAUGUCAUGAAGUGGUGAAGUUGCUGAAAAAUGAUGGCAAUGCCAACAUGCAAGAAACUAAUUGCACGAGUGUCCACUUGAUACUGGCUGCAAAAGUUCAGAGCAAACUCACUGAAACCUCUUCUAAUAUGUCAGUUUUUAUAAAUAAGCAAAUAAGCAAAAAUAAAUAAGAAUAAAAAUAAUUAGAUUUUUCCCCUAAGGGAAAUUCAAUUAUAUACAGCCUGAUGAAAAAGGUUACAGUCUUUAUAUAAAACCCAAUUCCAUUGAAGUUGGGAAAUUGUGAUAAACGUAAAUAAAAACAGAAUACAAUGAUUUGCAAAUGCUUUUCUUUUUUUUUUUUUUGAACAAAGGUGUUUAUUUGCCAUUAUGUUGCAAUACAAUUACAAAGUAUAAGACAUCUCUCAGCAAGCAAACAAACCAGAGUAAAAUAAUAAGAACAUAGAACAUCGACACAGAACAAAAAAAAAGAACAAAAAAAAAAAACACGGCAAACAUAUUAAGUAAAUUGAUACAUUGAAUGGGAAUACACAUGGGGCAGGCUUCGAAUUAGGGGUUUACAACUUCAUCUUGCUCAGUAUUAGCAUAGCUCAUACGUUUACCCUCAUGUAGAAAGCUUAAGGUAAUGUAUCAGUGGGGCCCAGUUUUUUAGAAAUGUGUCGUACUUCAUCUGAAGCAUCACAGUGAUCUUUUCCAUAUUAUAUAUUAUUACAUAUUAUAGAUUUGCAAAUGCUUUUCAACCUAUAAUUAAUUGAAUACACUACAAAGACAAGACAUUUAAUGUUCAAACUCAUAAACUUUUUUUUUUUUUUUGCAAAUAAUAAUUAACUCAGAAUUUCAUGGCUGUAACACAUGCCAAACUAGUUGGGACAGGGGCAUGUUUACCACUGUGUUACAUCACCUUUCCUUUUAACAACACUCAAUAAACGUUUGGGAACUGAGGAGACUAAUGGUUGAAGCUUUGAAGGUGGAAUUCUUUCCCAUUCUUGUUUGAUGUACAGCUUCAGUUGUUCAACAGCCCAGGGUCUCCGUUGUCGUAUUUUAUGCUUCAUAAUGCGCUACACAUUUUCAAUGGGAGACAGGCCUGGACUGCAGGCAGACCAGCUGAGUACCCGCACUCUUUUACUACGAAGCCACGCUGUUGUAACACGUGCAGAAUGUGGCUUGGCAUUGUCUUGCUGGAAUAAGCAGGGGUGUCCAUGAAAAAGACGUUGCUUGGAUGGCAGCAUAUGUUGCUCCAAAACCUGAAUGUACCUUUCAGCAUUAAUGUUGCCUUCACAGAUGUGUAAGUUACCCAUGCUUUGGGCACUAAUGCACCCCCAUACCAUCACAGAUGCUGGCUUUUGAACUUAGCGUCGAUAACAGUCUGCAUGGUUCUUUUCCUCUGUGGCCCAGAGAACACGAAGUCCACUAUUUCCAAAAACCAUUUGAAAUGUGGACUAGUCAGACCACAGAACACUUUUCCACUUUGCAUCAGUCCAUCUUAGAUGAGCUCGGGGCCCAGAGAAGCUGGCGGCGUUUCUGGAUGUUGUUGAUAAAUGGCUUUCACUUUGCAUAGUAUAGUUUUAACUUGCACUUACAGAUGUAGCGACGAACUGUAUUUACUGACAGUGGUUUUCUGAAGUGUUCUUUAGCCCAUGUGGUGAUAUCAUUUACACAUUGAUGUCGGUUUUUGAUACAGUGCCGCCUGAGGUAUCGAAGGUCAUGGUCAUUCACUGUUGGUUUCCGGCUGUGCCGCUAACGUGCAGUGAUUUCUCCAGAUUCUCUGAACCUUUUGAUGAUAUUAUGGACCGUAGAUGUUGAAAUCCCUAAAUUCCUUGCAAUUGUAGUUAGAGAAACGUUGUUCUUAAACUGUUUGACUAUUUGCUCACGCAGUUGUUCACAAAGUGGUGAACCUCGCCCCAUCCUUGCUUUUGAAUGACUGAGAAUUUUUGGGGAAGCUGCUUUUAUACCCAAUCAUGGCACCCAGCUGUUCUCAAUUAGCCUGCUCACCUGUGGAUGUUCCAAAUAGGAGUUUGGAACAUCAUUUUUGGCCACCUUUCCCAACUUCUUUGUCACAUGAUUAUUUGCACACAAAAAAAUAAAGUUUAUGAGUCUGAACAUUAAAUAUCUUGUCUUUGUAGUGUAUUCAAUUGAAUAUAGGUUGAAAAGGAUUUGCAAAUCAUUGUAUUCUGUUUUUAUUUACAUUUAUCACUAUUUCCCAACUUUAAUGGCACUGGGUUUUGUACUUUAUUCCUUAUAUGUAAGAACUAUAAAGGGUGUAAAAUUUCAAAACUCAUUUGUUUUUAAUUAGAUUAAAGCUCCUGUUAGGAGUUUUUUAAAUGUUUAUUUGAUAGACUGAAAUUAUUAUUGAUGUUUUUUUAUGAUUUAGAAUAGUCAACAAAACCAUUAGUGAUAAGACUGAUAGUGUUUUGCUAUAACUUUUAAUGCCUGAAACUGGUAAGGGGUUAGGUGUUAGCCAAGCAGCUGAAGACACAGCCCUAUUUUAGCAUUUUCCACACUGAAUAUUUGAAUAAAUUGAUAAACUUGACUGUCUGAAGCCAGCUGGAGAGGACCUUUUCCUAAAUGACACUACUUAGGCAUGUGGAGGAUAAGAUGAGCAAAGACUGCUUUGUCUUCAGGGGAUGCCAAAAUUGAUACUGUCAGUGGUUCUUAACAGGAACCUGAACUUAUACAUAAUCAUGGGCAAUGCUGAUUUAAGUGAUAGAUGGUCAUGCUGCUGCUGUUAGCUAGGAUACUCAGCUCCGGCAUUUAUUCAGUCUCUCCACUUAUGUCUAAAUAAACCAAAAGUUAGUUGGAUAGUAGUUCCAGUGCAGCUCCAACCGUUGUGGGGCUUUAGAAACUAAGUCUACGUUUAAUACGUACUACAGAUGUUGUAAUAAAUAAAGGAAUAACAGCUAUGACUCAUGUGAACUCAAGGUCUUUUGGAAACCAAUUUGCAGAGUAAUAAACAGCUGAUUAUGUCUCUCAGAGAAAUGUAGGGAGGUGAAACGAGCAAUAUUUUUUUCAGAAACACAGUUUCAUAGAGGUAAGGCAUUACUUUUAACCCCUGCAGGAAAUAAAUAGUCCAGUUAAACUAAACAUCAAACAGCUAUGAUUCACUGCUGUCAGGCCCCUGAUUUAAGUAAUAAUUUAAGCAGACCAGUGAUAACUCACCUUUGAACUCACUGAACUUCGCCCACAUGCUGUUUGCACCCUUUUUAGUUGGGUCACACCUUGACAUCUCUGCACACUCAACACAUGUCAUCAACUGUUUCAUGAACUGAUUUACAGUCAUUACAUGGGAAGGCUCCUAAAAUGUAAUUAAUGAUUGACAAAGUCCUGGGAGUCCCACCCCAACACACCAACCUGUGAUAACUCUCAGCCCAUGUGUGUCUCAACACCACGACCUGUCUAUUCCUCUGUUAGUCAUAUUGACCAACAUCUGCCCCGUCAGAGGUCUGUUGGACUUGUGCCCUGUGGGUGGGGCCCCCUCUCUGUUGCAAUAUUGCUCCUUCUUAAUGGUAAAGGGAUGCAGUAGAUACAGAGAACACCUGGUGCAGAACUGUCUUUGCAACAUUGCGACCUGUGGUAAGCCAGAGACUUGUUGAAAAGGUACAGUGUAUGUAAAUUUAAGAGUAUUUUCACACGACGACUGAACAGCUUUUCCUAAGCUGAGUGUUAAGGGGUUUACACUUUAACUUUAAUGCUAAUUUAACACCCUUUACACCACAUUAAUAAGGAAACUGUUAAACUUUUUCCUCCAUCACAUUCAUUGUAUGGCUAAUCACUAUAGCUGCACCACAGAUUGAUUGUUUGAAGCUGAAACAGACUGAUAAACCAAUAAGUCAAGACAAAAAAAAAAUUAAAAACUAAAAAAUAAUCUUUCAUUUUUCUUGAAAGUAAAGAUGGAAGGUAUUAACUGUCUAUGGCUUUACAUGUGAAGACUAGCCUCAUAAAUUUGUCACAGCUUUGUGAAGCUAUUCAGAGUGUUGGCCAGAAGAAAGCAAACUGCAGAUUGUUACGUCUGAGAUUAAAUGUUGUUUUAAGUGAUAACUGAAAUACCACUUGUAGCCCUAAAAACAUGCCUACAAAAUUUGUCAUCAUGUUGUAAAAUAGAGCUCAACUAUUUAUUUGAAAAUUUGAUAUCCAACUUGAUCAGCUCUUUGAAUACAUAAUUUAGCUCUGGCUUGGUCCAGCUGCAAGAUCUAAAAAGAACAGUUACAUAUUUUGCAUCAGUUGCAACAAUACACAUUUCUAUAUAACAAUUUAAAUAACUAAAAUGACAGAAAUAUAUCCUUUUCUUUGAUGUACUUUAUAAGUAGUCUAAAUUUUAAAUGCUUUAUCUUUACAACGCCGUUUUGAAUUGUGAUUUUUUUUAUGGCACAAUUUUACUCACUUCUCUUUGGAGGUUGGGGCUUUAAUCUGUUUUCAGCAUCAGGGCUUUAAUUUCUCAUUUGAUUGAAGGUCUUCCUCUGUGAUUAGAUUGCAUUAGUUUGUGUGUCAUACAUUUGACCAUUAGAGGGAGCACGGUCAGAGUAAAUACAGCAGACCAGUCAGGUCUAUGAACAGCAAUCUUGUUUGCUGAGCCUCUCCUGGGGCCACAAUAAUUUGAUUAGCCCUCUUGAAAGCAAUUUUGGCUUUCAGUGGAUUGAAAACAUAGACACAAUGAUUUAACCUCGAAAGGCUGAGCAGUAAUGUGCCUGUUGUCCGAUCGCGUACGACACUGCAGUGCCUGAGGUUUUUCUGUUCAGUCUGUCAGCAGCAGCUCUCUCUGAACUGGAUUACUCUGGUUAAGGUGCAGCUCUACUAUAAGCUUGAUAAUAGAAGGUAAUGUAUUUUAUUUGCCAUUCAUGAUGUACUGGUUGUUGGGAUGUUGUAAGCCACCCAUUUAUAAACACUUGAACACAAUUUCAGGAUAUCAAGUAGUACAUAUUUCCAUACUGUAUGUUUUAUGUAAAUUCAGCUGGAACGCUCACAGGCCUUGAAUAGACCGAUGCACAUUAUGUAUUCAAUAAAAGAUGAUGGCAACAGAUUAAAGACAUGAACAUCAGAGAAACAAAGCUGACUACUGAAUUGUGUAUUAAACUUACAUAGCCAAUUCCUAUUUAUAGCUGACAGAAUCCCCUUGUUGCACAAUAACACAUUGAAAUUACACUGGCGAGACACUUUAUGUCUCUUGAUGAAAUACAUCAUUAUGGACAUCUUGGUUGUAGUUUAUUUUCAUUUGACUACACAUGCACCUGUCUGCCAGUAUGACAUGCAUUAAUACCCAUAAAAAUUCACUAUUAACCUCCUUUUUAAUCACAUUUGCAAAGUAAUAGUUUUCAGUUGUUGUAGGAAAUAUUUUUAUUAUUGUGUUAUUUAACAUACUUUUGAAAUUUAGUAUCUUCAGUGAGAACCCCUGAGUGCCACAGACAGGAAAGUGAAGCCAGAAAGCGGGGGGAGAGAUUGACCAGUCUGAUCUUUUUAUAAAAAAUGUCAAAAUCGGAGGUAAAGGUGAAAAAUGUCAUUCAUCCUUGAGUUCCAAGUUACAGUUAGACAGCCUGAGUUGAACUAUUGAUAGUGUUGGGCAAGAGAAGAUAAGAUAUGUCACACAAAUACCUAACACACACUGACGUUUACAGUCCUUAAAAGCUUCUUUCACACGUUCAUGGGAUUUCUUAAGUCUUGGCUAACAGCACAAUCAGUCAGCAUGGCUUCUAACACUUUCUGAUAGGCUCAAUAGACCACACAGAUUUCUUAAUUCCUUCAUUCUUUCUUUUUUUGCAAGCCAACCUUGCAGUCAUUGUAUUUUAAAGUAAAUUUACAUGCAGUGAAAAAGUGCAGUGAGAGGAGAGAUGUGAUUUUGACACUGCAGACACUCAAGGAUUUCUCCAUCAUUUACCAUUUAUCACUCUUUGGAAUCAAAUUGCAUCAGUUUGCAAAUUAUUAAUGUGCUAUGACAUCAUGUUUUGCACACACAGUUCUGUGUUUAUAGCCUGAGAAAGCAUGUUCCAGAAAUCCCUGCUGCAACCUUAAUGGGGACAACGUGCUGGCCCUUUAAUUUUAUUCACGUGAGGGGAAAUGGAAGCAGGGGCUCAUUUAUUAGACAGUCAGAUUACCGCUAUUCAGCAGGCAAGAAAACAGACAUCUCAUACUAUACAGCUGAGACAGCACGGUUUUAUUCUCACGCAUACACACAGACGACACAAACAUCCCAAACACAUGGUCUCCUCAGCAAAACACAGCGCGGAGGAUAAAGUACGAGAGAGGGGGGAGUUAUUAGCGGGACUCACUGCGGGUGACCACACUUCUACUGAUGAUGUAGGUUGUGUCCCCCCCGCCUCCUGUCCCUCCUGUGGUACAUCCCAGAUAGAUGUCAGAGGCAUUUAAAUGAGGAGGAUCAGCUCCAGAGGCAGCGAGUGCAGCGACAGCUGGCCUGAAGAGAGCAGAGGGGGGUCACACACACUGGGAUGUGAGGGGGAGUUCAUGGAUCUGCUGGACCUGCUCUUUGUAUGUAUGACAGGGACAGAAUACAAAGAAUAGAGGAGGUGACUCUGACAGCUUUUAUCUCUCAGUGUAAGUGCGUGUGUUAGCCAGUUGUGUCAUGAGACUGUGAGUGUUUCUUGUUUCUCUUCAUUCCUCGCUCCUCCGGUGUUAAACCCAUUUUGAAAGGACAGCAGAUGCCAUCCUGGGCUGUUUGCUGUUGGGCAUGCUCCAUCUCCCCGCCAGGACAGCCGCUCUCUCUCUCUCUCUCUCUCUCUCUCUCUCUCUCUCCCUCUGUGUCUUUCCUUUCUCUCUUCACCCUGCUAGCUGCUGGUUAACACAGGCUCUGAGGAGACAGGUACGCUCUACUACCCCCAUCCUGUGCAAAAGCACAAACAACGCUCUCUUCUCCUCUCCCUAACCCUCCCCCUUAUUUUUCCCUCUCUCUCUUUCACACUCACUGCCACUCUCUGCCUGUCCCUUGACGGUUUUAUACAGUAGCCCUGAGCUGUACUGUCUGUAGUGCAGAGGAGAAUGUGUGCUGAUUGAUCAUCCCACAAACUAGCUUUCUCAUGUGUUUUGGAAAUGCUGUAAAGGUGCAACUGUGCACACAAGUCAAUAAAUUGUGCUGACUGCAGCUGUAGCUGUGGGACUGGAUCAAAGGGUUGUUUACAAGACCAGUGGGCAUCUUUCUUUGUUGUUCUGGCAUUUCUUUUCUAAUGGUUCAAGUGAGAAGGCUGACAGCUGCUGAAGAGAACCAGGCAAUCAUUUUCAAAAAUACAUACAUGGACUUGCAGACACACGGGUCAUGCAGCUGCAGAAACUAAAACAUCUCUGACAGGAGAGGGAGUUUGACUCCACAUCCAUGGAGACAUCAGCUGUUUGAUGCAGAGCUGGAGAGAGAGAGAUGCCAGAAAAGAAGGCAUCCCUGAGAGGGGCAAGGGACUUGUUAAAUCCUGCUGCAAGCAUGUGUCUGUGACUCCUGGACAUAGGACUUGCUAUGUGACGCUGAGCUGCCAGAUCUAAUUUUUGUCACUGGAAAGUGAAAAGAAAAACAGCUGGGACAUUUGGGAUGCUGAAUUUUGUGAUGUUGACUUCAUGGUUGUCUUGGUUGUAGCUGCAUGAUCAGUAGGAUUGUGUUGAACCUUGAUAAUUCUAUUGCAAAGAAGUUGUAGCUAAACUGGAGGUGUUGCUAAGAUACAGGAAACUGGUUUAUAGAAAAUCUCCCUAUGUUUUAUGCUGAUCUGAGAUUGAAUGUAAAUGAAUUUGUGGAUUAAUUGUUUCAAUAAAUGAAAUCAUUGUGGUGUUCGCUUGGCUCGCACUGGUGACACAGUUUGCGAUAUGUGUGUGCAGAAUGUUUUUGCAGGAUUAGAAGUAUGGCCUGAGUCUUUAAAAGUUUUUUUAAAGACCACCAGGUUUCAGGAAAGACCGGCUUUUCAGCUGCACUGACACAUGUCUGCAUGAGUUGUUCAUAAGUUUGGUUCGCACUGUGAGUCACUGGCAUUCCCUGUGGGCUGAAUACCUAAUCUGCACAGUCAAUGGGAGCAGUUGGAUGAUGCGUGGCAUCCCUGAUGAUAGAAAAAAGAGAGGAAGAGGAGGGGUAAAAAAGGGGAUUUACUUGAUAAUGGAGUGUAAACAUGCAGAAUUAUGCUAACAUUAUGAGACUCGGUCAGGAGGGACAAAGGCGAGACGAAAAAACAAGCAGUACUGAGGAUUAAGUUUCACAGGAUGUCUCUUGACCUCUGACCCUUCCGUGGUCUAUAGGCUUCAGAUGACUUUUCGCUUGUGAUCUCAUCCCUACGGACCUUUCCUAUUUUUCGCACGAUCCGGUUUGAGUUGGACUGGAGUUGAGGUCUGCUGAAAUAUGCAUGCAGUGGAAGUCUCUCGGCUAACUGAUACAUUUAACCUCGAUCUAAAGUUUGUAUCUGUUUCAACACGUUUUCUUUUUAGACACUUUGUAAUUGAUGUUGCUCCUCUGCUACUUCAAUUGGAUCAAUAAGGGCUUAAGCCAACUGGGUUAUGUUCGAGUGAAACAUGGCCGACUUUAUUUUCUGAGUGGUUUGUUCUCAACGGUGGGGAGAGAUGAGUUGUUGCGUAACCAUAGAUGCUACUGAUCCAAAUAUAGCUGCCAUUAGGGGAUUAGCUCCAGGCCCGGCAGGCUUGGCUAGGCUCGGCUUUACAGUGGCCCAGCAUGGGUGUCUUUGCCGCUGGUCACCUCCCCCUGCCCUCCACACCAGUGUCUGCUGUUAUCACCGUGAAAUGAUAUGCCUCCAAAGAGCAGCAGAGAUUACAUCUUUGCCUGCCAUUACAUUACACAGAUGUGCUCCUUCCCAUCAGCGUCUAACUGUAGCUUAACUUUGUAGGAGAGACCAGAGGACGAUUUGGUCUCACAGCAUGUGAUGUAUUUUUAUUGGUUAAUGCCCAACCAAGUGAGGACUUAUUUACUUCAUUUACUGUAUGUGUCCAGUAUAGAUUCUUCCAAGAUAUUUGCAAAUGACACAUAUUAUUGUAGAAAUUAAAAAUUUGGCUAACAUGGCAACAAUUACUUUAAUUAGUCUGAUUAGUCUGAUGUUUCUUUUUUCUUGAAGUUGACAUUGUGCUGUGUUUUGUCCACUUCAGGCUGAUACUGAUGUUUAAAAUAAGAAUUAGCAAACACCAGAUUUCUCUAACAAAUUUUUUAUUUCAUGAAUUCUUUUUCAGUUUUGGGUCUGUGUUUUAAGGAGCUAUGAUUUUAUGCAUUAAGGUCAUUUUAAGUAUCUCUGAAACAUGUUUAACAAAAUGCAUAUUGGUGAUUCUUCUCGGACAUGGUGCAAUACUCCUACAUAUCAAGUUUGUCCAACUUCUGCUUGGAAAAAAAAAAUCUACUCUGAGUUUUUAUUCAAGUAAACUAACUUGCCAACAUUAACCUUGAUGUAACAGCGAGAAAAGUAAGCAAAAACAGUUGUCAAAGGGUUUAGACCAAUUAGGAGUAUUUAUCUGUUGAAAAAAUGAGUAAAUAGGUAUAAUUAGAGUGUAUUGAUUCCUUUUUAAAUAUUACUCUUCUUUUGUGAUUCUUGCUGCACUUCAUCUUUGCAUAAAGCUAGACCACCAAGUAUUUUAGACCAAGAUACAUGUUCCCCAGUGUGUUUAUUUUAAUGUUGCUCCACGAGGUGCAGGCAAACUUCUCUGUGCUGAGUGGGAUGUGUUGAUUGGACAGAAGGCGAUAAACACAUGGCCACACAUCCCCUCAUCUCUCUUUAUAGAAAGAGUAUUUUGUGCGUUUUUGUGCCUCACGAAGUGCUUUGUACGUUUCAAUGAAGCUGUUUGUGGACUUCUUAUCGGCUCAGCUAAUUGGCCUCUCUUGUCUCCUCUUCUGCUCCUGUUGAGUGGACAGAAGAAGUCAUGGUCUGUUUCGUAAAUCAGGUUUCAUCUAGAUUGGGCUCAACACUACAAAGAGAGCACAGGCUGCAUGUACCACUUGGUUUGCCCUCUUUGACCGUUCUGUGCGUAUGGUCUAUAAAUACUGACAGACAACAGGCCGGCUGACACUCUGGUGUUCACAGGAUGAAAUAUUCAGCAGGAUGAUGAAUUUUUCAGUGGCAGGUGUGUAGUUUCGGGGGAAAGAUUAAUAUCAUUGCAGGUAGGCUGCUAAAUUUACACCCAGGGGAGACACACAGCAUUGAAGCCGUUGUUUCUGUUUCCACCAUAAAUGUUCAAAAUCAUGACUACAAGCUUCCACUCACACUCGUCCUCAUCUGCAGUCUUUUUCCACCAUUCCCCUUUCAUUUCUCCUCCUCCUCUCUCCAUGACAACUGGGUUUGUAUAAAACUUGAGUCUUGGGAUGGCAACAAUGGAGGGUAUUAGCCGGUGUGUGCUGAUGGGCUCUCCACCUAAAUGCACCAUUGUGUCUGGGCGCACAAACAGUCGCUGAGCUAAGACCCACUGAUGCAGGGACAACAAGCUUCUGCAGACUGUUCUGGUUUCUGUGAAUUAAUGAUAUGCUGAAAGACUUGUACAGAUGCAGUACUCUAAAUGAGCUUAUUUCUCUCAUUCGUGUGUUUUUCAUGCCUACUUCUCUAUGCAGAGUAAAAUGAGCAGACAUUUGCUAUUUUUACCAAGUUUGAUAAGCUCAUUGACAGUUAAUGGGAUGCAGCUGUUGGCGGCUAAAUUAAGUUAUCUUUCCCUUGAGCUGAAAAGAGUCACUGUCGCUCUGAGGCGUUGAUGUAUCUUGCUUUUAAAAUCAAAACUAAGUAUAUUUUACAUCAUAUCUUUCAGUUUUUGCAGGGUUGAUAUAUUUUUUUCUAACUUCUCGCUCUUUCUCUCUCUCUUUUUAUCUCCAGUUGAUCUUCGUGGUGCACGCCACCUCCUCACUACCCAGCAUUCUUUGCCUGGGAUCCCUGUGGCCUUGAAACAAUCCAUUGACCUGCGAACAUCCAUGGAUGGGAAGUACAAGGAGAUAGCGGAGGUGAAACUGUGAUUUAGCAGCUGCUUUCACAUUCAGUUUGAUCUUUCUUGCUGAGUAGAUUUUCGUAUUGUUGCUCACUUUUUUGUCUUCUUCUGAAGGAGCUUUUCUCCCGCACACUCGCAGAAAGUGAGAUGCGCAGUGCGCCUUAUGAAUUUCCCGAGGACAGUCCCAUUGAACAGCUGGAGGAGAGACGCCACCGCCUCGAGCGACAGAUCAGCCAGGAUGUUAAGUAAGUGCUGAUAUAGAAAAACAGAGAUAGGAGUUAAUAUUAAGAAGCUGAUAAUGUUGAUCCAUAAGUGAACUCAGUCUCUCUGUGCUCAGGUUUGAACCCGACAUCCUCCUCCGAGCCAAGCAGGAGUUCAUGAAGACUGACAGCGCCACAGAUUUGGAGUAAGCGCAAUAAGAAACAGUGGAGUUAUUAUGCUUUUAAGCUGCAAGGAUAGACAAUGAUGUGAGGCAUUUGUUCAUCUGUUUUAGAUACAUGAAGGAGCAGAGUCAAGUCCCGGAGCUGCAGGAGAGAGAGCUGGUUCCAGAGAGAGAGUACCAGAGGGUCACCAUAUCUGGGGAGGAAAAAUGUGGAGUAAGUCAGAGGCAGUAGAAGAGCAAAGUAAAAGCCUUUCUCAGUAGAAUCUGUUGGCAAAGAAUUUCAUGUGUCAUGUUUCUCACCAUGAAAUAACACCUCCUCUCUCUUUCUUUUGUGUCUGUCUUCUUUCUUUGGAUUCUUUUGUUCCUCCAUCAGGUCCCUUUCACAGAUCUUCUGGACGCGGCUAAAUGUGUGGUGAAGGCUCUGUUCAUCAGACAGAAGUAUAUGGGUCUGUCGCUGCAGAGUUUCUGCAGAACCACUGCUCGGUACCUGCAGGAGCUGAGUGAGAGACCUCUUGACCUUGAAAUCUUCGAGGAGGAGGAGAUCUCAGAAAUCCCUGCGUCUGCUGGUACUAAACAUGUGUACUUCUGCACCACAUGAAUAUCACAUCAUUGUCUUGACCACACACCUGCAAACUUGUGAAGCAAAAAGAUUAAACCCAUGCAAACUUAUUUUUGGAAAAAAUGUGACAACUGAUCGAUGCCAAAUUAUUAAAACAUUAAAUCAAGCAAAAUAGCUCAAAUUUUCCUCAGAUUUACUUAUAUUAAAGGGAUAUUCCGGCAUAAAAUUAAGCUAGGGUCAAACACAGCAUAACACCAAGCUAGACACCCCCUCGAGAGAUGAAUAUUGCUGACUGCUUGCUUCUCUAGUUAUACCAACUUUAAUAACGACCGCAGGAUAGCAAUACACAGCAGUCUACACCUCCACACGCAAACUUUAACCAGCAAGGUCACUCUAUAGCUACAAAUAAUGCUCAGAACAGCACCUAACUUCAUCAACAGUAAAUAUUGGGUCCCAACCAUAGUACUAGCCGUCAAAUAUCUUUUUAGCUUUGCCUUGUUUCUAUAGCAAAGCGACCAAACACAACUCACCCGCUCUCCUCCAGAGAGUUUGUGGGGGAGCCCUGACGAGUCGAUCACCGAGUACAGGGGCAAAUUUAUGAUUACUUCAUGGAAAUGCAAUCAGAGUUGUUGUGUAUCUUGUAUGUGCACUGCAGUCACAGUAGUUCUUCUGCCUUAGCAUCUCGGUCUGAUUGCAUUUUCAUGAAGUAAUAAUCAUAAACUUUUCGCUGCAAUCAGUGAUCGACUCGUCAGGGCUCCCCCACAAACAAGCAGCUGCUGGAGGAGAGUGGCUGAGUACAUUGUACACACAUUGGGUGCUGUGUAUUGCUAUCAUGCAGUCGUUACUAAAGUUGGUAUAACUAGAGAAGCAAGCAGUCAGCAAUAUUCAUCUCUUGAGUGCGUGUCUAACUCUGUGUUACGGUGUGUUUAACCCUAACUUAGAUUUACACUGGAAUAUCCCUUUAUUUAUAUUUAUUUAUUUAUAUACAUAUUUAAGAAUUUGAUUCCUCGACUCCAUCUCUGUCAUUAUCACCUGACUAUGAAUUGACUGACUAUGAACAAAACUCAAAAUUUAAAGUGUUUAUACGGGGUUCCUGAUUGCUUUUUGAAAUUAUCUUGUGUUAUUAAAUUAAGAUACUCCUUUAUUCGUCCCACAAGGGGAAAGUUUAUGGUAUUAUUGGCAUGGAAGUUGUAUUUUACUCUCACAUUAAGACAUAAGUGGCACCCCCAUAAUUUAACACUCCAUCUGUCACACACCCCUAAACCUGCUGUCACAACGGGCAGCCUGUUCCCAUCACACCUUGGCUGCAUGUUCGUUUCCAUCGCCUUCACAGUGCCACAUUCUAUCUCCUCUCAGAUUCCACAGUGCACCCACCUGUUUCUGAAACUCACCCCUAUGAGAACCAGGACCCUACCAGCAUGCCACCUGACAUGGGUUACGGCUGCAAGAUGGUGGAUGGUGUCAUGCAUGUGUAUACGACGAGGAACAGUAUGGAGAAGUGAGACAUUAGUGAUGAAUCGCUAUGUGCAUGCAUGUGUUAUAUUUAACUGUGCUGGUCUGUGUUUAUCAGAGGGUUUUCUGCUCAAGCUUUGAUUUGCAAACAGGAGCACAGAGCUGGAGCUGCCAUAUCCAGACCUGCAGGAGUACAUCGCUGAUAUGAACGUCAUGAUGGCUCUUAUUAUCAACGGACCGGUGUAGGUUUACCUUAUUUUCUUACAACAGUCCAGUAUUCAAAGUGUACCAAAGCUUAGCAACUAGAUUUCUUCGGUCUUUCCAGACUGUCACAGUGCGCCCAUGACUUUACUUUGUUUCCCUUUGCCACAGAAAGUCCUUCUGUUACCGACGCCUGCAGUAUCUUAGCUCAAAGUUCCAGAUGCACAUCCUCCUGAAUGAGAUGAAGGAGCUGGCAGCACAGAAGAAAGUCCCACAUCGAGACUUUUACAAUAUCCGUAAGGUGAACUAGACAGCUGCUUCUUCUGCACCUAAACACAGUUAUUUGUUUUAAUCCAGAGUCAGACUUCAAAUUUAACUUCCCUGAAUUGAUCUACAGGUCGACACGCACAUACACGCCUCCUCCUGUAUGAACCAAAAGCACCUGCUGCGUUUUAUAAAGAGGGCCAUGAAAAAGUACCCCAAAGAGAUUGUUCAUGUGGAAAGAGGAAAAGGUCAGACACUCAUGGAGGUGUUUGAGAGCAUGAAUCUGACCGCCUUUGACCUGAGUGUGGACACCCUGGACAUGCAUGCAGUGAGUAACACCUGUGAGGGAUAAAUGAAAUGUGAAAUGCCACAAUAUUGAAACGAUAGAUAGUCAAAUCAGCUGGGAUUGUCAAUGCACAGUUAAGUGUCAUAUGUCUUUUUGCAGGACCGAAACACUUUUCAUCGCUUUGACAAAUUCAAUGCCAAAUACAAUCCCAUCGGAGAGUCCAUCCUAAGAGAGAUCUUCAUCAAAACAGACAACUACAUUGAGGGGAAAUACUUCGGUCACAUCAUUAAGGUCAAUUGUCACACUAGAAUAUCUGCAUUAUGACUCUGUGUACCUGUGGCGCCCCCUGCUGACUGUCUGUGUGGUUGUAUCUCAGGAGGUGAUGGCUGAUCUGGAGGAGAGUAAGUACCAGAACGUGGAGCUCAGACUGUCCAUCUACGGACGCUCCAGAGAUGAGUGGGACAAACUGGCAAAAUGGGCCGUCAAACAUCAUGUCUACUCGAAUAAUGUGCGCUGGCUGGUGCAAGUGCCUCGACUAUUGUGAGUGAGACCUUUGAUGGAAAUUAUGAAAAAAUAUUUACUUUAGUACAAGGAUAUAAAACAACCUUGAUGUAUUUUGGUAGCAGCGUUUUAUCCCUGCUCCACAAUAAACAAUUUCAAAACUACAUAAUGAUCUAUUUUACGAUAUUAAUAUUCAUAAUAGAAUUAAAUACACAAUUUCCCUCCUACUUAUAUUUGUAAAAUGGUGCUCUGCUACAGAUAUUGUAAAAUGCACCUAAUAAGAUGGACUUGGAAAUAAGUCCUACAUAUAGAUGGAGCAAGAAAGCAUAAUAAAUUAAAGGAACAGUUCGUACAUGAUAACAGUCUACAUGAUAGAGCAGAAGAGCUAUUAGACCAUGAUAUUUUACAUUUUGAAACUCCUUUUUGAUUCAGUCUGAUGAACCAAAAUGUUAACUUAAAGUAUUUUACUUCAAUUUUUUUUAUUAGAGUGAAAUAGAUUAUUUUAAUAGUCAUUUUAAUUAGUCAUGACACUUUUUAUGCACCAGGGUAAGAGACCUGUCCUCUGUUGUACCUCUGAGUAUUCUCAAAAUCAGAAGGUAAUAUACAGUAAGAUCUAUUUUACUCCCACAGUGAUGUCUACCACACAAAGAAACAGCUGUUCAACUUUCAAGAAAUGCUGGAGAAUAUUUUUACGCCUCUGUUCGAGGUCACAAUCAACCCAGGCAGCCACCCAGAGCUGCACCUCUUCCUCCAGCACGUAUGAAAACUGUACUGUGGGCAUGUGCGUCUAUGAUUUUUACCUGAAGCCAGACUUCAGAGCUUAUAUCAUCACCUUUGUUGUUCCUUUCGCAGGUUGUGGGUUUUGACAGUGUGGAUGAUGAGUCAAAACCAGAACAACAUAUCUUUAAUUUGGACAGUCCACUGCCAGUGAACUGGACAGAGGAAGACAACCCGCCCUAUUCAUACUACCUCUACUACAUGUAUGCAAAUAUGACUGUGCUGAAUCACCUGCGCAGGUAUGACACUGCUCCUCACUAAGAUUAUAUGAAUGUUUAAUGUAAAUUUCUUCCAACACCACAUUGUAUAAUCACAGACUUUUGGACCUUUCUCAGCUUAUGUAAGCCCCAUUUUACAACAAAUUCUUCAUUGUGUGACAUGACAAGGCAAAAAUUAUGUAAUGCCCUUCUUUGUUCUGUCAAUCACCUUUACAGUAUCUGUGUCCUUUUAACUCAGGCAGCGGGGGUUUCACACGCUUGUGCUACGCCCUCACUGUGGAGAGGCAGGGCCAAUCCAUCACCUGGUGUCAGGAUUCAUGCUAUCAGAGAACAUCUCUCACGGACUGCUGCUCAGAAAGGUGCGAUUGAAUUUCCCUUUGGGGAUUAAUAAAGUUAUUCUUAUUCUUAAUAAUAACGUUAUUCUUAUUCAAUACCGUGACAACCUUAGGAAUCCUAUUCACAAAAGAUUGUUUUUCAAGAGCUCAUGAGGAAAUGUAUACAAUAAAAAGGAAAAGGCGCCAGACCAACCCCGCCCUCAGACUUCGAUAUAGUGCAGUGUUUGAUUAUUCAUGGUAUAUGCUUUGUGCUGCAGUAUUUGUAUUACCUGGCUCAGAUCGGUAUCGCCCUCAGACUUUGAUAUAGUGCAGUGUUUGAUUAUUCAUGGUAUAUGCUUUGUGUCCCUCCAGGCGCCUGUGCUGCAGUAUUUGUAUUACCUGGCUCAGAUCGGUAUCGCCAUGUCACCUCUUAGCAAUAACAGCCUGUUCCUCAGCUACCAUCGUAACCCUCUGCCAGAGUACCUGUCCAGAGGCCUCAUGGUCUCUCUGUCCACAGAUGACCCUCUGCAGUUUCACUUCACCAAGGUCAGUGCACACAGCCAGGCAAACAGAUUUGGGGAAAAGGGCAUUUGAAUAGAAAGAGAGUUUUAGUUAUCAUUAUUUAUAGUUUAUGAAAUCUUCAUGAAUCAAAAUGCUGCUCAAAUGUUGUGUGAAGCCAUAUGAAUCCUGUAAUAGUGUCAAGAUGUUCUUAUAUUUCUCUCUUUUCCAUGUCAAGUUGUGCAAAUUAGUGAUAAUUUGUGUUAUUAUAGUAUGCUGUUUGAGGUUUGUGUGUCUGUGUUUGACUGUGGACUGUUGUUGUUUCUGUAGUGUUUUAAUCUAUUAUGACUAUUGUGGAGGUCAUUGACACUGUUGUAGAGAUACUGGGUACUAUUGUAGUACUCAUAUCAUAUUAUAUCGUAACGUAUUGAAUCACAUUGUAUCAUAUUGAAUGGUAUCAUAUCAAAUCGAAUCGUAUCAAAUUGAACCAUAUCAUACUGUAGACAAUUGUUCUAUCACUGAGUAUAGUUGCUUUCUCAUUUGUUUCCUCUUGCACGUCUAUCUUCAAUAAAUAACUACUUAGCUUGUGGAAAAACACAAGGUACUUGUUCUGUCAUAAAAUCAGUAAGCACUCCGUGCACAAACCCCUCCCAUCAUCUAUCAUUCUCUACUGACAUGUUAAUACUUUAUCACAUGACGCUUGAUAGCAGUCCCUCACAGAUGGGGACUGACUGGCAAUGAGAGCCCGUAUAUCUCCAAGGUUAUCGUCGUGAAACUAGGCCAAUCACAUCUUGAGGAGGAGGCUUAUCAGUUAACUCUUAUUCUGAGCCACCUCUCCUUUAUGCUAACGCCCAUCUUUAUCUCACAACACAAACAUGCAGCACUGCCACACUCAGCCGACCCAGGCUCUGUUCAUGCAACAUAGUUUGCUUGGCUGGCCCCAACAAAGCAAAACACGACAGAUGAUUGAAAGAAGACAGGGAAGUUAGAGCUUGCGUGAGAAGCUUGUUUAGGUUAGAGCUAAACCUGAUGGUGAUGAGCUCUAACCUAAACAAGCUUCUCACGCAAGCUCUAACUUCCCUGUCUUCUUUCAAUCAUCUAUAUGCUUUACCGCUCAACAGUUUUUCUUAGUUUGGUUUUGACUCAAGCUGACUUUAUUUCUCCUUAUUUAGACAUGAUUUAACUGCCUUAUCUAACACCUCCUAAACCAUCUUCUUCUGACUCUAUCCAUGCACCCCAUGUAAUGAGAUUGUUGAUUAUGUCUCAAACCCAAAUAUCAAAACUUUAAACACAAUCCUCCAGUGAGAAGUAUGUAAUUGUUGUUUCUCUCUGUAGGAGCCGCUGAUGGAGGAGUACAGCAUUGCUGCUCAGGUGUGGAAACUCAGCUCCUGUGACAUGUGUGAGCUGGCCAGAAACAGUGUGCUGAUGAGUGGAUUUUCUCAUAAGGUUUGAAAUAUAUCUUUUAUUACAUUACGGUAUAAAUUUAAAUGUGUUCGCUGCAGCACAUCCUCCACGGUCUGUAGUGAUUAUUUUGACUUCUCUUUUGGCUCAGGUUAAGUGCUCCUGGCUUGGCCCAAACUACAUCGAGGAAGGACAGGAGAGUAACGACAUCAGACGCACAAAUGUCCCUGACAUCCGUGUGGCAUACCGGUAUGAGACCAUGUGUGAGGAGCUAAAUUUAAUCACACAGGCCAUCCGCACAGAUGAGCUGGAGACCAUCGAGGAGGAGGGGAGUCUGUGUAUGGGAGCUGUGCAAGGAGAAAUGUGA